AAGAUGCUUUUCCUCUUUUUCUCGAUCAACAUCUGGUUUUUUUUUCAGAAAUUCAAAUUUCCUUGUGGUCCUCCAAGUGGAUCAUCAAUUGCAAACAGAGCGGUUUGCUUGUGCAUGCUGGUCGAAAGAACAGGAACAACAACAUUUGAUGAUCAUGUCAUUCGCAUGUGUGUCACAACAUUUUCGUAACAUCAAUCUCAGGCCGCGGCAAACUAAUAGGUGGUACCGGUACGUAGACCUUGUAGUUGUAGAGUUUGAGUUUCAGACUUAAUCUUUGCCUUUUUUACCAAAUCAAAUGGCAGUAACAGUAAGUCAGUUUUUACUCUUUGUUCUCUCAGCAAGCGACAAAACGACCAAAAUUUUUCAUGUAGCAUUUUAAAUUUUUACCAAAAAAUCCAGCAACAGAAAAAAAAAUGCCGCACCUUUAUUCCCUGACCCUGCAGCGGUCGACGGCUAUUACCAAUGCGAUCUACGGGAAUUUUUCUGCCGCAAAGUCGCAGGAGGUGGUGGUUUCCAGGGGAAAGAUCCUGGAACUGCUCCGACCGGACGACCAGGGGAAAAUCCAGUCGAUUUACGCCACGGAAAUCUUCGGUAUCAUCCGAACGCUGGCACCCUUCCGCCUCACGGGGGCAAAUCGGGAUUACAUCUUGGUGGGAUCCGACAGCGGGAGGAUAGUCAUCCUGGAAUUUGACACCGCGAAAAACGUCUUCAACAAAGUCCACCAGGAAACCUAUGGAAAAAGCGGCUGCCGAAGGGUAAUUCCGGGCCAAUAUCUCGCAGUGGAUCCCAAAGGAAGGGCGUGCAUGAUAGGUAUCUAUUUCUAGUAGCGCCCCUGGCGGCGCGGGUGCGGCAACUUCUACACGCGAACAUUUAUCUGCGUCACAGCUUGUUGAAAUGAUAUUUUUCACUUGUAAAAAGAAGAAGAAGAGCAGAAGAUUUUCGUCCUCCUGUCGUCAGAAUCAGAAAUAUUAAUUUAUGCACUUUGUUCAAAAUGAAAAUUAUCUUCUACAGGCGCCCUGGAGCGGCAAAAGUUCGCGUACAUUCUGAACCGGGACUCCUCAAACAAACUGACGAUCUCUUCCCCCCUGGAGGCGCAUAAGGACAACGCGAUCUGUAUGGAAGCGUCAGGAUCGAAAUUGACAAAAUCGAAAAAUUUGUGAUGCAGAAAAUCGAUGUCAGUCAGUGAGUUGGAGCGUCAAUUUCCAAGUGGCGCAUGACAAAUUUUGGGAGCGCCCAAAUCCAGUCUGUCAUGCUGUUUGGGCAAAGAAGGCUGCUCCUGUCGUGCUAAUCUGGCAGCACAUUGCAUACCCCUAAACAGACUUACAAUUGGCCUCAUUUGCCUGCUCCCCAAUGCAGGCCUUCAGUGCCCUACAUUUUAUGCAUCACAAGUUUUUCGAUCUUGUCGAUUUCGAUCCUGACACACCCAUAAUCUGUUUCCACCAAGUCGGGUUGGAUGUCGGGUUCGAGAACCCCGUCUUUGCUUACGAGAGUGCACAACUCCCCCUCCACCCCAUUUGUCAUGCAAAAUACCUAAUUUGCGCCUUACCCCUUGGCAUUGUUUGCAUGAUAAGUUCUGGCAGCCCAAAUAGCACUACACUUCUGUCCAAAUUUGUCAUGCGAAACCUGUAUCCUUGCUGACGCUCGUAUUGCUGUUCAUGCAAUACAAAUGAGGGAGAGGGGGAAUUGUGCACUGUCAUAGUCCCUGUUUGGAAGUCUCCACGGAGAAAAUCGAUGAGGAUCCAGAAGCGGAGAUGCCAAAGAAGCAGCUCACGUUUUACGAAUUGGAUCUGGGGUUGAAUCACGUGAUCAGAAAGUACACAGACACGGUAGAAGACUCCGCGCACUUGUUGAUCCCGGUACCGGGGGGCUUGAGCGAGGGGCCGGGGGGCGUUUUGGUGUGCUGCGAAAACCACCUCUGCUACAAAAAGCAGGGACACCCAGACGUCAUGUGCGCAAUACCCAGAAGGUUGGAGAUGGCACAGGAUAAAGGUACUAUACUAGUAGAUAACUCUAACUGCCCGCUUCAUCUACUACACUGCUAUGACAACUAUCAUGUUGACAUAACAUUGUGGUGCGAUGACUGAAGUAGAACUCGCAAUAGCUAUGAAGCCAUGUACUACUGGUUGACAAAUUUCUUGAAGUAAGUAGACCCGUUGUCGUUCCCGCCCACGCUCAUGCAAGAAAAGUCCUAAAUUAUCUUUCAAAAAUUCAAAAUCUAUGCAGGUCUCAUGAUCGUGAGUUGUGCGAUGCACAAGCUCCGGGAGUUUUUCUUCUUCCUGAUCCAGUCCGAAUACGGGGACCUGUACAAGGUGACACUCACUUCCGAGGAAGAGAUCGUGAACGAAAUUCAAAUCAAGUACUUCGACACCAUCCCAGUAACAACCUCUAUUUGCGUGCUCAAGACCGGGUUUCUGUUCGCGGCCUCGGAGUUUGGCAACCACGCCCUGUACCAGUUCCAGGGCAUUGGGGUGGAUGACGAGGACCCGAUCUGCACGAGUUCGCAUCCGCACAAGGCACAAGCUCUGGUCGCGUUCAAGCCGAGAGGGCUCAAAAAUUUGCUGAUGUUCGACGAUUUGUUUUCUCUCUCACCGAUCUGCGACAUGAAAAUUUUGGACGCGGCAAACGAAGGGCAAACGCAGAUAUACACGCUGUGUGGCCGAGGUAGUGAAGAAAUUUUUUUUAUCGACGCACGCUUGAUGGAGCUGUUGCUGUGCUAUGUGGUCUUCUUUUUUCGAGGACGAGGUGCUGGUCAUGCGUAACUACAAACAAGCUUGAAGAUGAUCUGAUCCAAUGCAGUGAUGUGUUUGUCGUGAAGAUCAAGAUACCAAUCGCAAUUAGCCAACAUCAUAUAGCAACAAACAAGCAUCAGCCAACAUUUAAUAUUCUCCAGGUCCCCGCUCCACCAUGCGGGUGCUGCGGCACGGUUUGGGCGUGGUAGAAAUGGCGGUCUCCGAGCUUCCCGGUCGACCUUAUGCGGUCUGGUCCGUGAAGAAGUUGAACGAGGCGAAGUACCACCAGUACAUCGUUGUCAGUUUCAUCGACGUGACGCUAGUAUUGUCCAUCGGUGACACGGUGGAGGAAGUAUUAGACUCCGGCUUCCUCGCAACCGCGCCCUCGUUGCUGAUCGCUCUCAUGGCGGAUGACUCCCAUGUGCAAGUCCACCCGACCGGGAUUCGACACUUACUCCCGAGAAGGACGAACGAGUGGAAGGUGCCGGGCGGGAAGAGAAUUCAAGCAGCAGCGGCAAACGAUAGACAGGUAUACUAUAAAGUCAUUCUCGAAGAAGUUUGUUCUGCUUUAUUUUCGAUACGUUUUGAUAGGUCUACGUAUUGCACUACAGUAUAUAUAAUAAUGUUGUCUCAAGAUGUUGAUAUCUUUCUUGAUGUGAAGAUGCUCCUUGUCAAGGCAAAAAAAUCAACAUUUACAAGGUCGUGAUCGCGCUUGCCGGUGGUGAGAUUCUGUAUUUCGAGAUCGACGAGAACCACGCACUGAACGAGGUCGCAAAAAGGGAAAUGAACUACGAAAUCGUCUCGUUGUCCGUCCAGCCAAUACCAAAGAACCGGGCCCGCGCAAAUUUCAUCGCCGUAGGAGGAGUGGACAACUCAGUGAGGAUACUUUCCUUGGACAAGGAAAGACCACUGAAGCAGCUGUCGGCGCAGGUACAAAUUUAGAGAGACCGGAACCUGUAUAGCGCAAGAAGAAGGACAAGUAGAGCAUGACCAUGUGUGUAAGCUGUAGCUGUGACUGUCUAGCCUUAGUUGUACUACAUGGGACAACGAGCUGCAGUAUGUACUACCUGCUACUUGAAGAAUCUUCUCUGACUCUGUCGCUACAAAAUCUGCGAAAUUUUUACACUAACUCACUUUAUCCCAGGCCCUGUCCCACCAACCCGAAUCCGUCUGCCUGAUUGAAAUGAAAUCCGCCACAGACCGGGAAGCGCAGGGCCAGAGCUCCGUCGCCAACGACGGGGGUUUCACGAAUCUCUACCUGAACAUCGGGCUCUCUGCCGGGAUCAUGAUUCGGUGCGUCGUGGAUUCCAUAACCGGAACGUUAUCCGACCAACGGUCAAGAUUCCUCGGGCACAAGAAGGUCAAACUCCACAAAGUCCUAUGCAUUGCAAAAGUAUCGUACUAGUAUGAAUUGCAUUACAAAUCGACUUAGCAUUACAAAUUGAAUUUGUAAUGCUGAUUUACCUUGAAAAAGAAACUUGUAAUGCAUAAAUGCAAUUGCUACGAGUACGAUACUUUUGCACAUGAUAAGUCCAGGUGAAUAACAACGAGCCGGCGUUGCUCGCCCUCUCCCAGCGGCCGUUAUCAAAUGUAAAAAUGUCUGGGUCUGGAAAAGUGUAGACUUGUCAUGCAGAUUUUCCAUGACCACCCAUGAGGUCUGGAAUGCGGGACUUAGCAUGACAGACUCUGCGAGGUCUCUGCCAUGCCUAUCCUGCAUGAGAAACUCCCCUCCAAGUUGGUCAAAAGUGCGCAGCUUUUGGCACUCAUGCAACACAGAUUUUCGCAUGCUUCAGAUUUACCAUGACAAGUUGGAAUCUUCCAGACCCAGACAUUUUUGCAAUUCAUAGGCGUGGCUCAGCUACAACUUUCAAGGGCGAUAUCACUGCACCCCCAUGUGCUACGACUCUCUCGAGUACGCCUGCAGCCUGACCUCCGAGCAGUGCCCAGAGGGGUUUGUCGCGAUUUCGGGCAACACUCUGCGGAUUUUGUCGAUCGAGCGGUUGGGCGAGAUCUUCCACCAACAGGUGAUGCCGUUGUCCUACACACCAAGACGAAUGGCGCCCCUACCCCCACCCUCCAUCGCGCCGGACCAGUUGCUGGAAGCACACAACCAGAAGAUUCACCUAGCGGUCCUAGAGGCAGACCACAAUGCUUACAACGAGGAGACCAGACAAGAAAUCAGGGCAGCGCUGAAGAAAAUUCAGGUAAAAAAAAGUAAAUUUUUUGGGGGAACAUGUUUAGCUUAGUGCACUAAUUUUUGCCAACAUGAAGAUCACAAUUUCUAUCACAAGAACUUGAGAAGUGUCGUGUGGCAACCUUUCAAAUUAUACUUGUUUUUUGCAGCACCUUCCUUUGAUGAUCAUGCACAUGCGCGAUACAGAACCACCCAUACAACUUCUCCGUCACAAUAAACAUCACAGGUUAACAACAACGAGGAGGAAGACCUCCCAGAAGAGCAGAUAGGAACCUUUAAAGCCGGCGAGGGAAAGUGGGGUAGCUGUAUCCGCAUCGUGGACCCAACCCAGCUUGCGACCGUGUGCAAACUCAAUUUAGACAUUAUCAAAAGGAAAAAUCCCCCCUCCCCAUAUCAAAACGAAGUUUCUGAUGCCGGAUUUGCGUACACAAAUCUGAUUUGUCUUGCAGUAAGGCAGCGCAGCCAGAUCCUCGGCCUAGGUAGGGGCGUUUGGGUCUAGUUGCUUAGCAUUACAAACGGCUGCCCCCUAGGCGAAACAGCAUGCAGCCAAAUCGCUUCCAUAAUGGAGCGGAAGCUUCUGCGCUUGUCUUCUUGCAAGACAGACGUGAUUUGUGGUCUCAAAUCAGCAACACAAAUUUGCGGAGUCAUACUUUUUCGAUAUGGGGAGGGGGGAUUUUUCCUUACAAUAGACAUCGACGAGUGCGCGGUUUGUGCGACAGUGUGCUACUUUACGCAGCUGCCAAAGCAGCCCUGUCUAGUGGUAGGAACCGCACACAACAUGACCCUGAAGCCAAGGAAGGCUCCAAGGUAGAAAAAAAAAGCUCUCGAUGCAAGUUCUUAGUCCUUGUUAGCCUUGUGAUGCGCUUUGAAAUUGUGCGAGUGCGGUGUGUCUUGGGUGAGCGCUAGUACCGCUACGUGAAAUUUGUGUUGCGUGCUUUUCUACUAGGAACGGGGUCACAAAAUGUCCGACUAAGUCCUCGGGGGACCUGCGACCCACCCAGCCGGGUGGGCCUUAGGUCCCCUGUCCCAAUAUAGAAUUGAGUUGCGAAUCCGCCACAGCUCGCGUCCGCCCGUUCCAGUUUUCUCGCCGUUCUUUUUUGUGGGUGUCAAUCUGUGACGCAGUAGCUUAUGUAUUAUUGUAUUUGUGCAUUGCACUUAUCCAAGAAAAAAGAUUUGUGCACUGCAUUUAUCCAAGAAAAAAGCUUUGUUGUGGGUUAAGUCUAUAAUGCAGAAAAUGCAAAGCUGUUUUUACGCAAAAGGGACCUGUGAUGCGGAAAAUGCAAAAGUGUUUCUGCAGUUUCCUGUGAAACAGUUUUGCAUUUUCUGCAUCACAGAUUUACACCCACCAAAUAAGCUCUUUUCUGGGAUAAAUAGCGACAAACGGAGGCACAAGUACAAUAGUGCAAGACUCUAAUACAGAUUUACACCCACUACAAACGGCGAGAAAACAAUAUGGGCGGACGCGAGCUGUGGCGGAGUCAUAGAUAACUUAAUUAUUGGGACAGGGGACCUAAGGCCCACCCGGCUGGGUGGGUCGCAGGUCCCCCGAGGACUUAAUCGGACAUUUUGUGACCCCGUUCGUACAGCUACUUGAUCGUGAUUCAAAAAUCUACAGAUGCGCCAUCAAGACGUACAUUUACGACGAGAACUACCAGCUCCAGCUGAUCCACAGCACCCCAACGCAGGACGUUUGCCAGUGCCUCUUCCCGUUUGAGGGGCGGCUCCUCGCGGGGGUCGGGAAGUCCAUGACGAUUUUUGAACUCGGGAAGAAGAAGCUGCUGAAAAAGUGCGAGUACAAGAACAUUCCGGAGGCGAUUUCCUGGAUUCACGUAAAGAACGACCGGAUUUACUGCACGGACGUCCGGGAAUCCUUCCACGUGUUGAAGUACAACCGGGAAGAAAACAUGUUGUUCGUCGUCUGCGACGACGUCGCGCCGCGCUGGAUGAUGGCGGCUUCCGUCAUCGACUACAGAACGAUGUUCGGCAGCGACAAAUUCGACAACAUUUUCAUGGCCCGGGUGCCGGAGCACUGCGCAAACGAUGAGCAAGUGGACACCACCGGGAUGCGACUGAAGGCGGAUACUGCGUAUAAUAUUUUGAUGAUUCUGUUCGUUUUCUAUUUUUAGUUUCAACGUACCGGAAUACGUUCUGUGUCAUCUUUUCAUCUAAAUACUUUACGCCUAAGGGCUCAACAGGCUUUUUUUCUCGCUUUGCUCGAGAUCUUUGUUGCGGGGUAGCAGUGUCAAUAAGUAGCAAUCGGAUCGACAACAUCGGGGAUAUUAUCGUGUUUCAUCAAUGCACUUUUUCAAAUCUACUUCCGACAAUUAUAAAUCAAAAAACUAGCUACCUCACGGGGCAGACCGCCAAACUGGAGCACAUUAUGCAGUUCCAUGUCGGUGAAAUGGUAACCGCGGUCGAAAAAACGCCCAUCGCCCUCGGCGGUGCGGAUUGUAUCAUUUACAGCACCUUGAUGGGGUCGAUCGGUGCGCUCUACCCCAUCCAGACAACCGACGAAAUCGACUUUUUGCAGCACCUGGAGAUGGCCAUGCGAACGGAGCGGGCCCCUCUUUGCGGGAGGGAUCACAUGGGGUUCCGGUCCGCGUUUUUCCCGGUGCAGAACUGCAUCGACGGCGACCUGUGCGAGCACUACAGCUUGCUCUCGCAGAAGGAGCAGGUGUCUGUCGCGAGCAGUUUGGACAAAACGCCGGCGGAAAUCUUGAAGAAACUCGAGGACAUACGGAAUAAGAUUCUGUAAGGCAGUCUACUUCUCCGAUGGUCAUCGUGACGCCUGAUGUAGUACUUUUUCCUAGCACGUAGUCUUUACGAUGAAGUCCUCGUCGGCGUCAUGCUCGGAUGAAGUCCAAAAGCGCCUGCUGUUCGUAACCGCAGCUUGGAAAUUUCAAUCUUAACAUCAACCCAGGAGAUGAUUCCUUCUGAGUCGAUUUCACAAAAAAUGAAUAUCGACCGGAGGAGGAGGAACAACUUCUAACAGACACAAGAUUUAUUGGCAACAGAUUUCAUACAGAACCAGAACUACUACCAUCGAGCAAACCAAGUUUGUUUGGUGGUCGUUUCGCAGCCUUGUUUCACCGAGGCGAAAUGAAAAACGCGAAUGAAGACCAUUUCUAGCUUUCGAAGAAAUAUUGGUGAUGAAAGAAGAGCUAGAGCUGCAGCUCGGGUUCUUGCGGCUGCGCACUUCUUGAAGGCGACAGCAAUUUUGCGGAGGUCCCUUGUGAUGUACUUAUUGCCCGCUCGUCUGUGUGUUCGACGAAAGUGAUCUUUCGUGAAAAAAUGGCUAGAAAUGAAGAUAGCAGAAGAAGAAUAUCGGUACAAUCAUGAUGCGAUCGGUGGAACACGAAAGUAUUGUUUGAGUCGCAGCCACGGCAGAUUAUAAAUGAGGUGAAAGGAGGAGGAUGCACUCCACCGUUUCGUGCUGCAUUUGCUUCGUUCAGAAAUCAAAUUUUCGUUGUCGUCCUAAUUUGACUAUCGUCCCCCCGUCAUCUCAACCUCGACGACGCGGUGGGGGACUGCUCCCACCGCUCGGUGGGAGCAGUCCCCCACCGCGUCGUCGAGGCGCCUAGGGAGAUGGAGCACCUGACCCGCGA